AAGGGGGAAUCGUCGUGGGGCCCACAUUGUGGGCUCUAUCAGAGCUGUAGUUCUGGGCCGUAUUGAGGCCCAUGUAGAAUUCGUUUGGACUCUAUCCUUUCCAGUUCAUUUCUUUUUUCUCUUGAAAUUUGAAGGAGAAGCUCGCGUUGCCGUUUGCGUUCACCUCCACGGGGCAUCAAAACCACGGCGAGGCCACGAGUUCGCGGAGAGGAAGCCGACGCAAUCGAACUCCGGCGAAACUGUGGUCUCCGGCCGCCAUGGACGGAAGAAACUCAGGAGACGCGCUGCCGCGGGAGCGGUGGAACGACAUCCCGGCGGACAUGCUGGGCCUCGUGCUCCGCGUCAUCCCGUGCGCCGCUGACCGCGCCAGGGUGCGCUCCGUCUGCCGCUCGUGGCGCGCCGCCGCGGCCAUCCAGCGCCCGCCCCCGCCACUCCCGGUGCUCGUGUUCUCCCGGUUCAGCUUCGCAAGCCUCUCCAGAUUAUCGCCCGCCAUGGCGUUCACCAAACCCCGCCGCUUUUUUUUUCACAAGGACGUGACCAUCCGCUGGGUGGGAUCGUUCGACGAGUGGCUCGUCGGGACGAAACCCAGCAGGGAAUGCAAGGAUGCCGACGGCCAUUGUUUCUUGCUGAAUCUCAUGUCCCGGAAGAAGAUUCAACUACCGAGGCCAUGUGCCUUGCAUUUCUUCGAUUACUUCUGCAAGACUCUCCCCAUCGUCAACACCUCAGGUUGGGUCGACAUUAUUAUCCAUGACCGGGAGUACUCGAUGUGCUUCAGAAAGGUGGUCUUAUCUGCUUCACCUGCCUCUGACUCAAUGUGCAUCGUGGCUGCCAUUUCUAGUCGCACCCUUGCUCUCUGGCACCCUGGGAUGAGAUCAUGGUGCGUUUGCAGAAGCUUUGGCAUCGAUGGUUCAGCUGAUAUUGCCUUCUACCAGGGGAGGAUCUACAUGGCGAUGGUCUCCACAUACUUUCCACAUAUCCUGUCCAUCCUGUUCUUUCAGCUUGAAGAGGUCAAUGGCAGAGUUAUGGUUUCGUAUGUUGAGCAGUGUGUUACAGAGACGCUGCCCCCAGUCGAGGGUUGUGUAGUGAAUGAAUUCUACAUUGUUGAAUGGCGUGGGAAACUAUUGCUGAUCGUUAUGUAUGCUGAACAUGUCUGGCUAGACACUGAGAAAAUUGGGAUAUAUGCUCUGGACUUCAGCACAAACCCUCACAGCUUGACUGAGAUAAACAACUUGGAUGGUGAUUGUCUCUUCAUUAGUUUGCGCAGCAGCAAGUCCUUUCCUGCUUGUCAGUAUGAUGGAGCCAAAGGUGAUUUUGUCUACUUCGUUAGCGGCUAUUGGCAACAUGCUACUGGUGUCCAUCAUUCUUUUGAUGUACUUGUGUACAAUGUGAGAGAUGCUACAACGACACGAUUAUCUGUUUCUGCACCUGAGGACAACUCUGGCCCGUUCACGAACAACCUCUUGUGGUUAUUUCCUCCGAGAUGAAUGCUACUGAGAAGAUCCAAUCAGAUCAUAUCAUAUCAAUAGUAUGACAGUGCUAAUGUGGCCUCCAUUGACCGAAAUGUAAACCAGUGAUGGUGUUCUUUUCCUCUUCAUGACCGAAAUAUUGUGUUGUUGGUUGUUCUCAAAUAACCCUGAGUACAUGUCACAGAUCUACUUUGAUUGCAAUAUACUUAUCAUGCCCUGUUUGACACUGAAA